GUAGUGCGCUUGCACUUUCUUGCAGUGCAUAACGGAUAUAUGGCGAAAAUGAAAACGAGGAUACGGUACAGUGUGCAUUUUCUGAUUUUGGUGAUUUGCGAGUGCUCCUGUGUAAAUUGGUUAGAGCUGGUAAUCGGGCCUAGUCUCGGCAAUGCUGGAGACAAUGAGGUGGGAGAAGGAAAAAAAUUGAAAAUAAACAACGCGCAAGAUUUGGCGGAAAGCUUUGGGUACCCUUUUCAAGCCCACGAAGUGUCAUCUCAGACAGGAUAUAUUCUGAGUCUGCACCGGAUACCUUAUGGAAUAAAAAGGAAACAGUCCAACAACACGAAAAGACCGGUAGCCCUUUUCCAACACGGACUGGUGUCAGCUUCGGAUAUGUGGAUGUUCCAAGGCCCCAACGUUAAUCUGCCCUACAUUUUGGCAGACGCAGGAUAUGACGUAUGGAUCAGCAAUAUGAGAGGAAAUGUUUACUCUAAGGCUCAUAAAGUACUAAAUCCAGAUAAAGAUCCGACUUUCUGGGAUUUCACAUUACACGAAGUGGCAUACUACGACUUACCAGCGAUCAUAGACUACAUAUUAAAUAUGACCAACCAUUCAAACCUUUACUUCUUAGGGCAUUCCAUCGGAUCGACAGUAGGAAUGAUCCUUUGCACCUUAAGGCCGGAGUACAAUUCUAAAAUAAAGCUUCAUCUAUCUUUGGCCCCGUUAGUUUACGUUACGCAUGCCAUUACUGUUUCCCACAAAAUUUUUAUGUUACCUACAGUCCCGAUGAUACAAACCGCCCUAGCCAAUCAAAUUUACAAUAUGUUUCCCCGUAGGCCAUUUUUUGCCAAAUUAAUGCAGAUGCUAUGUAACGACGGGACUCCUUUACAGCAAUUAUGCAUAUCUACAGUAUUUUUAUUGGUGGGAGCAGACUAUUCGCAAUUUGAUACGAAAUGCAUCCCAGAUAUGACUACAUAUUUCCCUGCUGGAACAUCUACUUACUUAAUUAGGCACACCCUUCAAAUUUAUUUAAAUGGAACCCUGUCAGCUUUGGACUAUGGAAAUAAUGAGGAAAACUUCAAGAAAUAUAAUCAAACUGAUCCGCCACAUUAUAAUUUGUCAACAGUUACACAUCCUAUAUCGCUACAUUACGGAAAUGGUGAUCUUCUAGUAACGGAACAGGACAUAGAUUAUAUUGAAAAAGAGUUACCAAACCCAGUGGGUAAAUUUCCAGUGCCUCACAGUGACUUCAACCAUAUAGAUUUUGUAUGGGGAAUCGAUGCCAAAAAAUUAAUAUACGAUAGAAUAAUAGUGAUAAUGGAUAAAUACAGGUGAUAUACGUACAUUUGUAACGUGUAUGUGUA